CAGGAUUAAUUCGUACCGGAAACACACACUCGGCUUGUUCUUCCCGGAGUGAAAAAUCGAAUCUUUCUAUGCUUUUUGCGUAGAACAAACACCAAGAUGAGAGCUUUGAGAGCAGUAAGAACUUUCAGUUCCUUCUCGCCCCAACCACAGAAACCCCAUCUAAAUCCAGUUCCUCUGUUUCGCUUCUUCUCGGCACAAACGCAACAACAAGACCAAAGCUCCACCGCAACCCUAUCCGACGCAGAAACCAGCAACAGUGACUCCGUCUUUGACAGUGCCGACUUUGCCAUCCCCAACUUUGAUUCAAAAAAUGCCUCCCAAAGCCGUCAAGAACCCCGCUGGGAUGAGAAGUACAGAGCAAGAGCUGAUAGAAUCGUCUUUGGGGAGGAGACCCAAAAGAACAGAUGGAGAGAAGAGGAGGAUGAGAUGAAAAGGAGGGCUCUUGCAAAGGCACUGCUUGAAGCUGCGCUAGGAGGAGCAGAAGAGGAGGAAGAGGAGGUAAAGGAGGAGGACCAGAAGUCUCUCUCUGUUGGGAUAAUCGGUGCUCCGAACGCUGGGAAGUCUUCACUGACUAAUUACAUGGUUGGAACAAAGGUUGCUGCAGUUUCACGAAAGACAAACACAACUACUCAUGAAGUGUUGGGUGUCAUGACAAAGGGGAACACACAAAUUUGUUUCUUUGAUACACCUGGACUAAUAUUAAAGAAAAAUGGACUUCCUGGCAAAGAUAUAAGGAUUCGCAUGGAAAGUGCUUGGAGUUCAGUUGAUUUAUAUGAUUUGCUUAUCAUAAUUUUUGAUGUCCAUAGGCAUAUUGCUAGGCCUGAUUCAAGAGUGGUGAGAUUGAUUGAACGUAUGGGAGCAGAAGCAAAUCCAAAACAGAAGCGGGUUUUAUGCAUGAAUAAGGUUGAUUUGGUUGUAAAAAAGAAAGACUUGUUGACUGUUGCCAAUCAGUUCAGAGAUCUUCCUGGAUAUGAAAGGGUUUUCAUGAUCUCUGGACUGAAGGGAUCUGGAGUAAAAGAUCUUACCAAUUAUUUGAUGGAACAGGCAAUUCAAAGGCCCUGGGAUGAAGACCCUUAUACAAUGAGUGCAGAAUUUAUGAAGAAUGUCUCAUUAGAAGUUGUCCGAGAAAGGUUAUUAGAUCAUGUUCAUCAGGAAAUCCCGUAUGGUGUUGAACAUCGCUUGGUAGACUGGAAGGAGUUGCGAGAUGGUUCUCUGAGGAUUGAACAUCAUCUCAUUACUAACAAGAAUAGCCAGCGAAAGAUUCUUGUGGGGAAAAAUGGCUCUAAAAUAGGGAGAAUUGGCAUUGAAGCCAAUCAAGAACUAAGGUCUAUAUUCAACAGGGAGGUGCACCUCAUUCUCCAGGUUAAACUUAAAAAAUAAUACAAACGAAAUAAAAUGCCAAGAGAAUUGCACCGUCCGAACAUGCCAUCUGGAGUUGUAUAUAACAGGGAUUUCCGGGUGUUAUUUUACCGUAAUCCCGUUGGCUGCAUAUUGCUACAAAUACAGGAACAAGUCCUCUCCAAGUGCAAAUAGCAACGAGAGAUACAAUCUUUGCUUAAUGCAGCUGAUAGAGAUAAAGAAAAUGAGCAGAAGACGAUCAUAUCUUUACAGGCAAAGUCCUCGUGAUCUCCUUUUGUAAUGCGCUGACUGCGCUAAAUUAUGACAUGGAUUGUUUACUCCUUCAAUCUGAAUUUUCUAUGUUCUACUCCUAAUUCAUAAUUUUGUCUUUUGAUGAAAAUUCAUAUUUACACAUUGAAUCUCAUCAGAUUAUACAUAGGUAAAACUAUGGAUCAGUGGUGUAUUAAAUUAUUCUUUGGGGU